CCACCGAGCAGAUCGGGCAGCUCACCCGGCCGGAGCGGCCGAACCCCGUUCCACCAUGGAGCUGUCUGGAGUCCUCUCUCUGCUCCUGGGGGUCUGCGUCUCAUGCCUCCUGUUGGUUGCCUCGUGGAGAAAGGCGCUGGCAAGGAGGAAUCUCCCCCCGGGUCCCACACCGCUUCCCUUCGUCGGGAACAUCCUGCAGCUGGACACCAAGGCGUUGGCCAAAUCAAUCCUUAAGUUCCGAGACGCGUACGGCCCCGUGUUCACCCUGCAGCUGGGCUCGGAGCGGGCCGUGGUGCUGUGCGGCUACGCGGCGGUGAAGGAAGCCCUGGUUGACCACGGGAAGGAGUUCGGGGGAAGGGGGAACAUGGCCACAGCCGCGAGGAUCACCAAAGGGUUUGGAAUGAUCUUCACCAACGGGGAGCGGUGGCGGCAGCUGCGCCGGUUCUCCCUCACCACGCUGCGGAACUUCGGCAUGGGGAAGCGAUCCAUCGAGGAGCGGAUCCAGGAGGAGGCGCAGUGUCUGGUGGAGGAGCUCGGGAACACAAGGGGCUCGCCCUUCGACCCCACCUUCCUCCUGGGCUCCGCCGUCUCCAACGUCAUCUGCUCCAUCGUCUUCGGCAGCCGCUUCGACUACCAGGACCAGGAGUUCCUCACUCUGCUGAGCUGUGUCAACCAGAACUUCCGCCUGCUGAGCUCCCGCUGGGGCCAGCUGUACAAUGCAUUCCCGACGCUCCUGGCCGCUCUCCCCGGGCGGCACAACGCCAUGUUCCACAACGCGGACACCCUCAAACGCUUUGUGUCGGAGCGAAUGAAGCGACACCAGGACUCGCUGGAUCCCAGCUGUCCCAACAGCUACAUUGACUGCUUCCUGCUCCAAAUGGACCAGGAAAAGCAGAACCCCGACACUGAGUUCACCACCGAGAACUUGGUCAUGACGACGCUGGAGUUGUUCUUCGCCGGGACGGAGACUGUCAGCACCACCCUGAGAUACGGGAUCCUGCUUCUCAUGAAGUACCCCGAGAUAAAAGAGAAAGUUCAUGAGGAGAUUGACCGGGUGAUCGGGCGGUCCCGCUUGCCGGCCAUCGAGGACCGGAGCCGCAUGCCCUACACUGACGCCGUGAUCCACGAGGUGCACAGAUUCGCGGAUGUCCUCCCCAUGAGCCUCCCGCACGUCACGACCCAGGACGUCCAGUUCCGAGGAUACGCGAUCCCCAAGGGCAACACCGUAAUCCCCUUGCUGACCUCAGUCCUCCAGGAUACAAGCCAGUUCAGGAACCCGGACGACUUUGACCCUGGGCAUUUCCUGGAUGGGAACGGGCACUUCCAGAAGAACAGCGCCUUCAUGCCGUUCUCUGCAGGCAAGCGGGUGUGCCUGGGCGAGAGCCUGGCUCGCAUGGAGGUCUUCCUCUUCCUCACCGCCAUCCUGCAGCGCUUCACCCUGCAGCCGCUCGGCGACCCGGGCGCCCUCGACGCCAGCCCCGUGGAGAGCGGGGUGGGGAACAUCCCCCACCCCUACGAACUCCAGCUGCUCCCGCGCUAGAGUGCACCCACCUCAAACUCCCCCCCAAUCCUCCCCCGUAAAGCCGAGGACCAUGGGUAGCGCGGGCACCCCUAGCUCAGGGAGGCUAGCCCCCUGCCCCCCCAUUCCACCUGAGGCCCCGCCCCUUCCACCCGAAGCCCCACCCCUUCCACCUGAGGCCCCACCCCUUCUUCCUAAGGCCCCACCUCCCACCGCCACUUCUGCCUUCCCAUGCUCGCUAGCUGGCCUGCCAGUGCAGCCCCAAACCCCAGCUAGCCCGUCGGUGCCAGAGCAGUCCAGAGGAAUCUCAAGACCUGGGCAGCCGGCCGGGGGCGAGCCCUGAGCCCGGGUUACCCAGCGGGGCUCUGAGCCCUGAGCCCUGCCGAGGAGCCCCGGGAAGAAACACAGGGUAGCAAACAAACCCUCGUUAAGCAAACUGCUGACUUGUGAAGAAAAGGACGAGGACGCUGAAUUGGAUUUUUGCAGCGUAAGCGAGACGAAGGGGCGGCGUGGUGAGAUUUCUCUUGGCCCGUGUCGCUAAGCGGCGAUCUCACCGCCCACGCAAACCGAUGAAAAAACACGCGCAUCCGAAUUCCCAGCCAGGCAAAGUCAGCAAGAGGCUGCGUGAGAACUUUUUGCAGGGCUCUCGUUAUAAAGCCGUAGAGCUUUGAAUUGCAUCAGCUAUUGGCAUUAAGUAAUCAUUGUCUGCCCCCCCACUGUGUGACCCCCCCCCACUUAUUUCCCACAACUGUGAACAUUUAAAUUGAUACAACUCGGGGGGAACGCGUCAAACCCAGCAUUUUGAGCAGCUGUGAACAUUUACAUUUAAAAAAAUGCUUAAAAAUAAACACCGAUAUAAUCCAU